CUCUUUCUCUCUCUCUCUCUCUCGUUCCUGCUCGCUCUCCAAACUCUCCUUCUGCUCUCCUCUUCGCUCCUGCCAGAAAAAAAAAAAUCUAAUUUCUCUAAUUUUCUUGGAGGUAAUAGAGAAAUAAACAGUCAAAAAAACCAUUUUUCCUUUUUUAUCGUGUUUUUCUGUUUUUUCGUGGGAAUGGAGAGGUGGGCGAAGCCGCCAGUGCGGCGCGGUAACGACCACCCGUCCUUCUCCUCCACUCUCCUCGACGCCAUCUACCGGUCCAUCGACGAGGCCGACAGCGGAGCCGCGAGGGAGCACCGCACCGGCGGAGCACUCGACCGCCGAGACGGCCCCGUCCUGGCCGCAGCAAAGAAGCAGCAGAGCUUCACCGACCAGUGGCCCGCGGAAAGGAGAAGGUCCGCGGCGGUGAGCGAAAGGGCGGUGACCCGACUUCGCAAGCCCGAGAACCGCCCCGGCUUCCCGGUGAACUCGACUUCCAGCUCCUCCGACUGCUCCAGUUACGGCGGGUUCUCGUCCUCCGAGGCCGAGUCGGUGCCUCGCCCUGCCGGGCUCCGGCCGAUCCGGACCGGCGGUCUUCUUUACCGGUCCGAGAGGGCCCGCUCGAACCCCCCGCCUCCCCAGCCGCCAGCAGUGGGGUCGCCCUCGGCUCACCACCACCAGGAGAAGAAGAAGUCGAGCUCGAUCCGGAGCAAGUUUCGGGAUCUGAGGAAGGCCAAGGCGCCGGCAUCCCCUGGAGCGCGCCUCGCCAGCUUCCUCAACUCCCUCUUCACCGCCACCGGCAACUCGAGGAAGUCAAAAUCCGCCGCCACCGUGGCCGCUUACGGCGGCGUCGGCGUAAGAGGAGGGGAGGAGUCGGCGUGCUCGACGGCGACAUCGUACUCGCGGUCGUGCCUGAGCAAGACGCCGUCGUCGAGGGGGCGGCCGCCGCUGGCGGCCGGGGAGGGUGUGAAGAGGUCCGUGAGGUUCUACCCGGUGAGCGUGAUCGUGGACGAGGACUGCCGGCCGUGCGGGCAGAAGUGCCUGUACGACGGCGAUUCGGCGGCGGUGGCACGGCGGCCGCCGGAGGCGGCAGCGAUGGCGAAGAAGAGGGUGGAGGAGCUUCUCCGAGGGUUCGAGGAAGAGGAGGACGAGGAGGGGAGCGAUUCGAGCUCAGAUCUGUUCGAGUUGGAGAAUCUGACGGCGAUCGGAGGGCGAGGGUACAGGGAUGAACUUCCGGUGUACGAGACCACUCAUCUUGGCACCAAUCGCGCCAUUUCCCACGGUUUCUUCUUGUAAUUAUUUUUAAAAAAAAAAGAAAAAAGAAAAAAAAUGUGAUGGAGGGACAAAAAGAGGCAUGUAAUUUUCCUGGGGAAAUUAAGUGUUUUUCUUUUGGU